AUGGAAUUGGAUCAAAGAUCAAGUGGUCCUCAUGUUCUCAUCUUCCCUUUGCCAUUGCAAAGUCAUGUCAUUACAACGCUCGAGUUUGGAGAGCUACUCUGCCUUGCCAACUUCCACAUUACCUUCCUCAAUUCCCACUUUGUUCAUAAUCGCCUUCUUCGUCACACCAACAUUCAAUCCCACUUCGCACGCUAUCCCAGAUUUCGUUUCGACACCAUCACCGACAGUCUACCAGAUGACCACCCACGUUUGGGUGCUCGAUAUAUGCUAGAGAUGUUUGAUUCUAGAAAUGGUGCUUUCUGCUCAAUUGGGCUUGGACUCUUGGCCUGUGUUGUGGUUGAUGGGAUCAUGAACUUUGCAACUGACAUUGCCAAAGAGAUUGGACUUAUGAGCAUCUCUUUCCGUACCACAAGUGCUUCUUGCUACUGGUCUUAUUUUUGUAUCCCAAAACUCAUUGAAGCCAGCGAGCUUCCCUUCAAAGCUCAUACUAUCACUGUAAGCCGAGUCCCUUGGAAGACACCUCUUAUACCGAGCCGAGCGUAUAUGACUACGACAAAGAACUCCUCAGGGAGAAUGUGA